GCUCGGUCGAGCCGUUCCAGCAGCUCGUCACUCUCAAUCUCUUCCAAUCUCCCUCGCCCGAUCGCCCAUGCCACGCCGCGGACAUCGAUAGCCAUGGUUCAGUUCUACCGCAAAACGCAUACCUACCCCGAGGCACCGCCAACACCCCUCCUCGCCUUCUUCCUGCGCUACCCAAACCCCUUCGCGCGUCACGUUCUCUCCGUCGAUGUCCUCGAGCGCACCGUCGAUCCCAACACAGGCCGGAUCAAGACGGUGCGGCUGAUCCUCAAGCGCGGCAUCGUGCCGCAAUGGGCGUCCAAAUUCCUCCCCGUCGCCAAGGCGUCCGGCGGCCGCGGACUCGACGCCUGGGUGCUCGAGGAGAGCGUCGUCGACCCCCCGGGCUGGGGGCUCGACCCCGAGGCCGCCGAGGCCGCCGGCCCACCCACGCAGCCCGUGGGCGCGGACCUGCUGGCGGCGUACAGGAGCCAGCCGCGGCUGCGGGUGUGGCAGGCGAAUCUGAGCUUCAAGAAGUUCAUGCAUGUCAUCGAGGGCGGCGAGCUGUGUGCUGGGCCUGGCGGUUCAACGCUCCAUCAUACUACCGCCGAGGUGAGGUCGCAGUUCGGCGGGACGUGGUCGCAGAUCCUGCGGAAUAAGAUCGAGUCGUACGGCAUUGGCAAGUUCGAGGGCAACACGGAACAUUCGCGCAAAGGCAUGUCACUCAUCCUCGGCCUCCUGCGGCGGAGGGAGAUGACCAACGGCGCGAUCGAUCCGAGCAAGCUCAAGCCGGAGGACGACUCAUGAUCUCUCGACUCUGCUACAUCACACCCCAACGCAUUACGCACAGCACACCCUCUCCAGCUCAUUCUCUUCCGCUUGCAUUCUCUAGGCAAUAUAGGAUCACCGUUCGUUCGUCUGUAUGCAUCUAUGGCCCC